UCUCAUGAUCUUCACAAUGAUUUUUAACUUAUCAAAAGCAAAUAUGACAUUACCAAAAUUUACAGCAAUUCUAGUCUUUGGUGAUUCUACAGUUGAUUCUGGUAAUAAUAAUUAUAUUAAGACAUGGGUCAAAGGUAAUUUCAAACCAUACGGCAAAGAUUUUCCGAGUCAUAUUCCGACAGGAAGAUUUUCUAAUGGAAAACUUAUUCCGGAUUUUAUUGCAUCAUCAUUUGGUAUUAAAGAAUCCGUUCCUCCAUUCUUGGAUCCGACUUUAUCCGAUAACGAAAUCGUUACAGGCGUUAAUUUUGCAUCAGCGGGUUCAGGUUAUGACGAGGCAACAACUUUAUUAACUAAUGCACUUUCGCCUAAAAAACAAGUUGAUUUGUUCAAGAGUUAUAUUCCAAGACUCGAACGAGUUGUUGGACAAGAGAAGGCUAAAGAAAUAUUAAAUGGUGCAUUGGUGAUUAUCAGUGCAGGGACUAAUGAUUGGACUUUUAAUUUUUAUGAUUUAAUAUUAAGAAGAUUGAGUUUUAAUGUAGAUCAAUAUCAAGACUUUUUGUUGACUGAAAUGCGAACAAUCCUAGUGAUAAAUUAA